UGGAGGAGUUACAGUAUGAAAGGGUUUACAUGCAGACUUUCAUUCCAAUGUGAUGUGAUAAGAACGAAGUCUUCUCGCUGCUUUCCCAUGAAACGAGUAGCUGCCGAUGCUCCCGCUAAAGAGGUAAUAGAGUCGACCUGCAGCCGCUAAUUGGACAUGAUGUGAGGCCCCCUUCUUGUUCGUGGCUUAUGGAGACAACACAAACACAACACUCUGUAUUUACAGUUCAUCAUAAGUUGAACAAGUUGUGCAAGGAGAAGGUAAAAGCAUUAAGACAAAACGAGAAAACAUUCCGAGUAUUCUGUCGAAGGCUUGCAGGGUUGCAGUGAAUGGUAAACGGCACUCAUUGUUGGUUUUGUCUCACGCUCCGGUCCCAGGAGAGCAUCACCUGUCUUAUUAGAGGAACAGCUUUAGGAGACAUUGCAUAGUCUGCUCGCUGCUCCUGCGGCAUCCCUGUCUCCCACAAGGAGAGAGCUGUGGCUUAAAAAAAAUACAGCAACCUGUAAAUAAGCAAGAUUUAGUUUAAAAACAUAUCUCCGGCAGUUACCAGGAAAUUAUGACAGAAUCUAAGAGAGUGGAUACGGAGUCUGGUUUAUGCAGUUUGUUCAAUAUCACGAAUCUGCAAUAGUGCUGAGCAGAUUGUACCUCUGUCAGUGGUGCAAAUGUCUUAUCUCCCAAAUGGUAUAACGUCAGGUGUACUACAGUUAAACUCUGCUAUUCUGUGCUGUGGGAUUCACUUGCUGGGUUUCUUGAGCAGAUGGUAAUAUCCCAGUUGCUGUAUUUAAAGCAGGUUUAGUGUGCACAUAGCCUAAAUUCCAGCAUACUAAAUGAAACCUCCACAUUUGCCUGCUGUUAUCUGCUCCGUUUCCAUAUUUUUAAUAAACAGAUAGAACUGCACACAUUUGAAAAAAAACAAACAAACAAACAAAAAAAUCCCCAAACAUUCUGAUGGCUUUAUUGGACACAUGAACUAGAAGAUGAUGAAUUUCUCCCAAUCGAUCUCAACAUGAAUCCCCGGAGCUGCAUAAUUGUCAGACUCUGUGAAAUAAUCGCAGCUUUCAACACUAAUGGAAGCUCCGCACAUUCAUUAUUCAGUCCAGGAAACAGAGUGCUGCAAAGAGUGGAGGGAGCUGUGAGUUAUUGCCCAGUGUGAAUUAGCCCUAGAAUAAAGGGGAUGUUGGACUUUCUCUGCCUUAAGAAUUCCCCAGUCCCUUAAUGUCCCCUCUGUGCCUCUUUGUCCAUCUGCACAUAGGCAGACAGGCACCACACAGAGAAGCCGAGAUUGUGUCACAGCUGUGGCCCCGGUCAGACGACCGGUGAUGGGUGUACGGUGUCGCUGCGGGCAGAACGACAGACGCUCUGGACUCUCCCGUGUCACCGCCACGUUUGACCACGGACAGACAUGAGUAGUGGAUGAAAGCUUUCCCCAUGUUACAGCACCCCUGGGACCACUGCAGGAUUUACGAGAAAGGGAGCGGGAGGAAUGCUGCUGGAGGGGGUGAUUGAGGUGGGGUGGACCAAUGAGUGGCUGAGCUGCAGAUAACACAUGGCAGGAAAGAGAUAGGUUUGAUAUGUGAACAUGCCCACACUUGUGCUCGGGGAAAGGCACACCAUCCACCAUGCUGGUGCAGACAGGGCUGGCCAUUACAGUAACCUGGGACUCCCCCAAAGCAGUGCACAUCAGAGAGAAUGUGAGCAAUGCAUCAUAAGCCUUCUUUAUUUCCUCUGUCUAGACUAUACAAGUCUCAAGUCUCACCAUGUAGACCGAAAAGCUCAGGAAGGGAAAACACUUUGUCCUUCGCUCAUCCACUUUCAUAACUGCAUUUUAGGGAGUGUAGAUUUGCAAAGUCUCAUUUGUUUAAAAACAGCAGAUGGGUGAAAAAUCCACCUUCACAGAAACCUACGCUUUUACUCCAACCCCUGGGAAACACAUACUCAGCCAUGCACCACUAGCCUCCACAAACCCUUUCUGCAGUGAGAGAAAUUGUAAAUGUGUCUCUGCCUGCACUCAACCAGAGGAUUUUUAAUUCCCUCUCCACUGCCGCCGCUGUCAGUCCGGAGCACAGAUUUGAACAUGUAUUACGAAUUGGACAAAUUAUUUUGCUGAUGGUGAAAUACCCUUGGAGGUUCCAUUCAGCAAAGGGGAGCCGUAGGAUACAUGAGAAUAACAAGUCUGAUCAGUGUCACUUCACCUGCCGGGCUGUCUAACACAUUUCCUGUCUGUUUUAAUUUAUGUAUUUGUCUCACAAACAUAUACGUACAUGUAUAUAAAAACCCACGAGUACCAACAUGGAGGAAAUUGUUCAGGACUUGUGGCCUUUAGGGGACGUUCAGUUUUGGUUUAAGUAAGUAAGAAGAUUUUCCUCAAACUGUCUCUUUAAAUCGGGGUGGAUUUGUCAUACAUGUGUGUUGCUAUUAAAAAUAGCCCAAUUAAAGUGAUGAGGAAACUGGAUUUCAUGAGAGUGUGUGAAAACACUUACGAGCUGAAUCACUUACGGAUGUGAGAAGAUGUUAAUGAGGAGAAAUUUAAUGAGGCAGAUGUGAUAUAGGAGUUUAACGGAGAGCAUCUUCAUUUGCUUAAAUAAAGCCCACCAAAUUAACGAAAGUCAGAAAAAAAUAAAACAAGUGGGUUUGUUAAUUUAAAAGACAUGUCUGGAUUCCCACAAACUGACAAAAUGAUUUGUUGUGUUCACAACAUUUUUGUUAUACACCACAAAUAUUGGAAAUCGGGUGGGUCUCGGAAUGUUUGCUCGAGCUUUUAUUAAAUGAGCCAAGCAUGGAGUCCUCGCUGUCAGCUAAUAAAUGGUGAGUUAUAGCAAGAACAACUGUGACUGUGAAUGGAAAUGAGCGAAGUCACACACAUUUUCAGUAUAAAAACAGCUGGGUCAAGACAAGGACGGAACAGGUUGACUGUUAUGUAUCUUUGUUUUUGUGGGUUCCAGUGCAUGUGAUCCCAAAACAGAAAUAAACAAUAACAUCAAGUGGGAUUCUGUGGGAUCUUGUGCCCCCCGAUCAUCAGCACAGUGGAACAUGUGGUCAUUGAGACUGUCAGGUGAUAGUGGCGUAGUGUUCAAUAUUAUGAUUUUUUCUUUAUUGUCCUUUACUGAGGGUAUCAAUUAAAGUAAUCAUACAUAAAUGAUACCACGUAAUACUCCUGACAUAUACCGAUGCAUAUGCAGCUAACCCUUUAAAACCUCUGUACAGAGCUCAACCCUCAGCACACACACACACACACACACACAUAUUGGAAUGAAUACUGUUGAGAUUGUACAAGUUGUACAAUACGAUCAUUGUAGUAUGCACAACAUGAUAUAUUUUAGAAUAACCUUCCUAUCUUUGAUAACCUUAAAUAACGCUACACUGUGUUACACUUGUAUUUUUGGGGCCUUAAUAUUUACAAUAUUAUUUCUUAAACUCAAUCUUCCAGCAUCAGAUUAGUUUUGGUCCAAUUAGCACCGGGUUCUGGGCUUGACAAGGUCAGCUGCCGAUGAUGUGCUAAAGAGACGCACAUACACAUACGCUUGUGCGCACGCACGUACACGCAAACACACCGCGGUGCGGUGCACUUGCUCCGCUCUUGUUUGAACCUCCUUCCUACGAUCCGCCCACCAUCUCGGGACUAAAGUCACGUGUCUCACCGCCGAGUGUCUCUGUUCGAACCAAACCACAGCCUCACAAAUCAAACUCAUCCAGAGCCAGCCGAGGGGAGAGGACAGGAAGGAUGAUAACGAUGCUGAGAAACGGAGGAUGAGCUCGGACAAAAGCCACGGCCACGUCACUGGGCUGCAGUGAGAGCUCUCUGUUUCCCGCAGAGGUGGACUAUACGAGCACACAUCGGAGCGGGACAAGGGAUGAGAUUCAAACCGUGUGGGAGGCACUCUCCUACAGAUCUCAGUCCGACUUUGAGCCGCAGAGCUUCGGGUGUGUACCGGACAAGGGCUGAGCAGCUCACAGUCUUGCGGAAACCGAAUAUUAUUUGGGGGUCUUGAUUGAAUCAGUGUUUAGGAAAGUGCUCUUCAAUAUGAGGGCUGUUUCGGCAAACUUGUUCGCUCUUCUCCUCCUGUGCGCCCUAGCAAGUGUCUUCUAUGUGUGGAGCCCAGUGGAGACCCGCCUAGAGCGGCACAAACGCAGGAUCUUAACGCCGGGUAGAGGGUCUGUUCUCCCCGCUCUCCCAGCGGAUCUCUCCGCCAAAACUUUCCGGGCUCUACUCGCUGUCCCAGUGGCACAAAGACAACACUUGGGGGGCAGACUCGAGGCGCCCAACCUCACCGAUCAAACCGUCUCUGCUAGAAGUCGUCAUUAUCAUAAUAAAGGGGACAACACGAGGUCAUCGCGGAGGGGGGGCACGGUCAAGUUGGGUUCCCCUGUGGAGGAUGGGAUAUUUUGGGGUGAAUGGCUGGAGGAUCUGCGUCCGGUGGGCUUCACGGAAGAGUACGCUCGAGACUGGCGAGAGAGAGCCAGGACAUACCGGAUAGUGAAGCUGGAGCCGGGAUGCGGCAGGAUAUCCAAUCAGCUCGCCACUUUCGCCGAUGGGACCAAGGCGUGUGUCCGUUACGGCAUCAACGCGGACCAGGUGCAGGGAGAAUCUUUGACGUAUUAUCUGGCCACUUUGCUCGGCAUCACAAACCUGCCACCACUCGUACUGUCCCAGCUGAGUGGCGACAGUGAACAAUGGGCGGCAGUGCGGUCGCGGAUUAGUGGGUUACAGUGGAGUGACCGAGCCGUGGUUUCUCUCACCGAGUGGGUCUCCAACCUCACCGGCGUGGUCACACCCGCGCCCCUCAGACCGGGGAACGCCGGGCUGCGCCCCGCCGUACACGAGCUGCAGAACAAGACCAGAGCGGAACUGCUGGAACUCAUGCAAUGGAGCGACCUGAUUGUGCUGGACUACCUGGCUGCCAACUUCGACAGACUGGUGAGCAAUCUGUUCAGUCUACAGUGGGACUCGCGCGUAAUGGAGAGGGACACCAACAACCUUCUGAAAACGCCCGGCGGUGAUCUCGUGUUCAUUGACAACGAGGCCGGACUGGUUCACGGCUUUCGGGUGCUGGACAUGUGGGAGAAAUAUCACAACACGGUGCUGAGCUCCGUGUGCGUGUUCAGAAAAAGGACCACACUGCGCGUGGCGGAGCUGCACAGGCGCAGAGACUGUGGAAGGAGGCUGCUGGAGCUCUACUCAGACAGCGAGCCUUUGUCUGUGGAACUGGGCUUCCUCUCCGACGAGCACGUUGCUAUCCUCCAGGACAGGAUAGACAGAUUACACAAACACAUUUUGCAUUGCAGAGCCAAGUACGGCCAGCUGUGAUGGCGGACUGCUUUGUUUUGUCUGCACAGUACGACGAGCUCUGCAGAUGCGAUUGGUACACCUGUGCCGAACGGAUGCGCACUAGACAAACUGCCCCGAGCAUCCGGCUGAACUACCUCCCGUGAACAGAAUGUGUUGUCUACUUUAUGCAUAAGUACAUGGGACGUGUUGAUGAGCUCCCUGCACACGUUUCCUCUGUUUGCUUCACAGAGACCAAUGGGGGGAGGGGGGAAGAUCCAUGUUAUCAUGUCUUACUUCACUUCACAGGAGUUAAUGUCAGCAGUAUAAAUAUGACUAAAAUGUCAUAGUGCUGUCUAUUGUUUGGAUUUUUAUGCUUUGUGUUUAGAAAUCCUUUAAGCCUUAAUGUUAAGAUAACUGCUAAAUUUGACCAAGUUCACAUUACCAGGCUGAAAUGGCUCAAAUCAAGCAAAAACAUAUUAUUAAAAACAAAAGUUGUAUAGAAAUAUACUAGGUAAAUAAUAUUUCCAUUGCAGUUCAGGAUACUAGAGAUGAGAUGUUGCAUUCCUGUGUGAUGGCCAAGUGACGUGAUGAUGGUCGGGUUAAAGGUUCUCAUUAACAAGUAAGGUUCUAGUGGCUUAAGUAAUCGAGCAGAUGUAUAAUGUUUUGUGUCAACACUGCAGUAAUGAUCAAAUCCUAACACCGCCCUAUGCACUUGCCCUGUGUUGAUGUCCUCCACCUGCACCAACGGCACAGCAAAGUCCAACAAACGUGUGUUGAUACAAUGUACAUUUGUCUUCAGGAGAACGUCUGCUAGAACUGAUACCAGUAGUUAUGAAUGUGAACUGUCAGUUCUGGUUUGUACUGAAUCAGUACACCUGGUAACAUGAACGUAGCUUUACUUUAUCGCCAGGUUUGCUUUUUUUCUCUGUCUUUUUUUAAGAAAAAUGUUUUGCACAGUACUUUGUUAGUGCGCCUACACACUUGUAUUUGUGUUAUAGUCAGCCUUAAAGUAACACAGUGCAUAUGACUAUUGUACAUGUUGUAAAUAUGUUGUACAUAGUGUCAGCAUACCUGUUUUGGAUAUAUGAUUCUUUAGUUAUUUAACCUGCAUUGUAACAUUCCAAAAUCUGUCUUUUUUGAUGAAUACACAGUAAUUUAAU